AUGGGAGGUCUCACACUGGCUUUGCUGGCAGUAGCGCUCGUACUGCAAGCUGCACUGGUCCUUUCCACACCAGUGGGCCUUCUACAACAUCGUCACACGCUUCGCAAGGUUCCUGCACCUCGCUCGCUCGCACCUAGGGGGGCCUCUACUGCAAUUCCUGCUCCUGUCCCGAACGUCGUAAUCUCACAAAGCGGAGCUGGCCCCUCCCUCCUCGAGGGACGGAGCAAGGACGAUAAUGGCAAGAAGAACAAGAAAGGUGGCGUACAGGUCACAGGCGCGGUCGUUGUCAUCAAUAAUCCCAAUCCACAUGGGCCUCCGAAGGCCAAGGAGAAUUGCGAUGACAAGAGCUUUUUCAAGAAGGUCUGGUGCAAGAUGACCAAUUAG